CCAGAGACUGCCGUGUGUGGGAUUUUUCUUUUCUUCUGCUUCAUCUCCACCACAAACCUGGCUCUUCCCUGGCCAUCGGGACACGGGCUCCCCUUGCCAGGUAGAGAGAGAGUGGGAAAAGGGCUCCCAGAGACAGGAAGGCUGCUCGCCUUCCUCUGGCCAUACGCCGUAAAGGAAGUAAUGCAUACAGAGUAACAGAACGCUGGGUGGUGAGCAAGUGUGAAACGCACAGGCUGUGAUUCAACUCUUCGCUGCCUGCUCGAAUCUAGCUGGCGCUGAAAUUGAGAGCAACUUUUGUUUCCAUUCAGCCGCCGAGUUUUUGUCUCCAUUGGAGUGCGUUUUGGAAUGACGUCUCCAGCAAUGUCCAUGCCCUUCAGGGCCAGGGGCCUACCUCCUGGACACCGCCACCGGGGCCCCUGCAGCCCCCUGGGUCAGCCGCCACCCAGCUCCAUGCAGCCGCGCUCCCUUAAGGGGCUUUACUACCGCAGGGCCCGCAAGGUGGGCGCGCUGGACACCUCCCCCGCGGCGGACCUGGAGAAGGAGAUCCUGGUCAACGUCGGGGGCCGGCGGUACGUGCUCCCCUGGAGCACGCUGGACGAGUUUCCGCUGAGCCGCCUGAGCAAACUCAAGUUCUGCCGGAGCCACGAGGAGAUCGCGCAGCUUUGCGACGACUACGACGAAGCCACCCGGGAGUUCUUCUUCGACCGCAGCCCCAGCGCUUUCGGCAUGAUCGUGAGCUUCCUGGCGGCCGGCAGGCUGGCCCUGCUGCGGGAGACGUGCGUGCUGUCCUUCCGGGAGGAGCUGGCCUACUGGGGGAUCGAGGAGGCCCACCUGCGGCCGUGCUGCCUGCUGGAGCUGCUCCGGAAGCUGGAGCAGCUGCGCGAGCUCCGCCAGCAGGAGGCGCUGCACCUGCGGCGCGAGGCGCGGCGCCCCCCCGGGGACCCGUCGCGCUGGGGGGUCUUCAUGAACUGGCUGCGGGAGACGGUGGAAAACCCGCGCUCGGGGCUCCCCGGCAAGGUCUUCGCCUGUCUGUCCAUCCUCUUCGUGGCCACCACGGCGGUCAGCCUGUGCGUCAGCACCAUGCCCGACGUGAGGGCCGAGGAGGACAAGGGUGAGUGUUCUCAGAAAUGCUACUACAUUUUCGUCGUGGAGACCGUGUGCGUGGCCUGGUUUUCCCUGGAGUUAUGCCUGCGGUUCGUCCAGGCCCGGGACAAGUGUCAGUUCUUCCAAGGGCCCCUGAACAUCAUCGACAUCCUGGCCGUCUCCCCGUACUACGUGUCGCUGGCCGUGUCCGGCGAGCCCCAGGAGGACGGCAGCUGGCCCGGCGGGGGCUCGUACCUGGAGAAGGUGGGGUUGGCGCUCCGCGUGCUGCGGGCGCUGCGCAUCCUGUAUGUGAUGCGCCUGGCGCGCCACUCGCUGGGGCUGCAGACGCUGGGCCUCACCGUGCGCCGCUGCACCCGCGAGUUCGGCCUCCUCCUCCUCUUCCUCUGCGUGGCCGUCACGCUCUUCUCCCCCCUGGUCUACGUGGCGGAGAACGAGUCCGGGAGGGUGCUGGAGUUCACCAGCAUCCCCGCCUCCUACUGGUGGGCCAUCAUCUCCAUGACGACCGUGGGCUACGGGGACAUGGUCCCGCGCAGCGUGCCGGGUCAGAUGGUGGCCCUGAGCAGCAUCCUGAGCGGGAUCCUCAUCAUGGCCUUCCCCGCCACGUCCAUCUUCCACACUUUCUCGCACUCCUACCUGGAGCUCAAGAGGGAGCAGGAGGAGGUCCAGGCACGCAUCCGCCGCCUGCAAAACGGCGCCACGGCCAGCGAGCGUGAACUUCUGAGUGACGUCGACGACCUGGGCCCGGAGGGCCCCGCCUCGCCCGCUAAAUACCUGUAACUCCAGGCCCUCCAGGGAAAGGGCGGCCCCGCGACCCAUCGCCCUCCGCUGACCGGGCUAGAGAUCACCACGGUGGAGACCAUCUGGUGGGACGUUUCUAGAGCGCCAGGAGCACUCCCACAGCUGGGAGGGGCGCAAGGCCACCGGGCUUGGCCUGUCGUGACUCGAGACCCCUCUGGCCACCGCGAUUCCGGCCGACCUUAUCGACGCUCCUUGCUUUCUCCUCUCUCCCUGCCCCUCGCCGAGCACAUCCGCUCUUUGUUAGGUCAGUCAGUCAUCCCCCAGUCUCCUUCCUUCCCUGUAGUGCUCCACACCCCAGGCUGCGUUCCACAUGCCCACAGAACCGAGCCUGCAGGACUCCGUUCCUCCCCUAAGACCCGCUUUGCGGGGGCCUCCCUACCACCAGGGACGGAGGGGCCGGUCACUGCGAACCCUUCUGAUCAGAUCUCCCCACCACGGCGCGUCCUAUCGUGGGCUCCCGCAGGGCUCAGUAUGUCCCCUUUCCCCCCAGGAUGUUCCAUUUUCCCAAUGCCGCUGCCCCCCGCCGCCCCCCCCCCCCCCAACUCUGGAAGCUCUCAGCCAAGAAGGCAGAAGCGGCCUCUGCGUUAACCCCCCUGGGCCAGCUGCGCUCUGGCUGGGACGUUCUCCAGGUGGCCAGUUCUUGGCCUUGACAGAGGCUCACUCUUGCAGGACCUGCAUCGCCCCUUGAGAGAACCAUUCCUGCUGCUGGAUCCCCCAGCGCUGCAGAAGCCGCCCCUUCCCACCCUCAGCCGGGCCACCACGGGGGGCGGUAUAGCUCUGGUGCGGAAGUGAGGGCACCUUUCCGAUCUGCCCCUUGCCGCCUCCCCAGACCGGGCCCUAGCUGCCAAAGGGUAUGUUCCUCAGCUUAUAUGUAAAUGUGUUUGUCUAUUUAUCCGUUCGUUCAUGAACUCACAGGCCCUUUGCGUCCCAGGGAGGAAGCGGAUGUAGGACCCAGCGGCUCCAGGUCUGGGCAGGGCAUGCCGGGGGGCCAGAGCCAUGAAUCCCGAGCAGUCAGCCCACGCGGAACGUGCAUCUCAAAGUGCACGGCUUUGCAAAAGGGCCCAACAAUUCUAUCAGCUCUUCAAAGGAAUCCAUGCCUCCCUGUGAAAGGAUAUGAAGUCGUUAAGUAAAUCAACUCUCGUAUUUUAAGAUGGAGAGACCAAGGCUCGGAGAGGGAAAGCCACCUGCCCAAGGCCACACAGCCAGUUUACUUCCUUAGAUCUGCCCCUCCUGAGUCCCAGCGGGACACUCUCUCUAGUGUAUCAAGCUUCAGUUCUUAGGCUUUUCUGAAACAGUGCCCAAGCCCUCCCAGAAAACGUUCCAGGUUAAGCGUGUGGCAAGGAUGUAACUUUGCCCCGUUACCCUGAGCAGAGUAAGCAAGUGGUCUUGGGAGUAAGUCUGGCACCAGCUGUCACCCUUCCUUUGUCCUAUCACAGUGGACAGGCAGCUGAUUUCACUGGACCUUCGUUUUCUCACUGAUGCCGGGGAGAGGUGGGACCAGACGGCGAUUAAAGUCCCUCCCCGCUUGGACAGUGUGGGAUUCUGGGAAGCCGAGUUCAUUGCAACAAUGUAUGCCACAGAGGGGCAGGUUGGAGGCCAGAAGAGAGAGAAAACAAGAAAAGCCAGCCCUGGGCCCUGACCAUCCACAGAGCUGCUCCCUUAGCAACAAUCAAGUAGUUCAAGUUUGAAUCGAAAUUCGCCGAGAUGUCCAGCUGCCCUCCCCGUUCCUAUCCAGCCACCUGGGCUCCUCCUCUCCACCCCCCUCCCCCUCCUUCCUGGCUCUGGGCUGUACCUACCGGCUCCAAGCCUCUCACCAGGAGUACUGAGCAUCACUUACUGUAUAAUUACUAGUCACCAGGCAACUGAUGUUUUCACAUUUUAUUUGGGAAACAUCAAACACAAAGAAGUUGCAAGAACAGGAAGUGUGUACCUCUGAUCCCUGAACACCUCUUUUUUUUUUUUUUU